AUGUCGGUAGCGGAUCUUCCCUUGCAAGAGCUCUCUGGCGCCAACACCACCCUCAAGCAUUUUGUUGACAUCAUCCAUGACGUCGCGCCCCCCAACAAGUCGGACAUCGAAUCGGCCGUCACAAAAGGCAAUUGGAGCCCCAAGGACAUCCCGGCGCCUUUCUGCCACAAAACAGAUAUGGAGAUCAAUCUCAUCACCCAGUUUGUGGUUCUACCUCAGCAGAACGACAAAGUCACCGUUAUCAAACACAUGUACUGCCACGAGUUCAAGCUGAACAAGUCCACAGUCGAAUCCUUGUGUCAUAGUGAACCGCAAACCUUGCGAUGGCAUGGUCAGGCUAUGAACUGCCGGAAGGCCUGGCAGUGGUUUCUCGAACAACUGGGGGGCUGGCAGUGUCGACAAUAUGCGUUGACACAUGUUCUUCCGCAUCAGAAAGCUGCUGCAGAUGCUGGCGGUUCUUUCAUGUCCAAUCUCACUGAGGAGGACGUCGACAAAGGGUUUCAAUUCAUCGCAGACGAAGCUCCUAAUCUGGGCAGCGAGUGGAAAAAGGUCACAUGGAUUACCAAGAACGUCAGUGUCAACAGAUCAUCACCAAUUUACUCAUGGCCACAGGCACUCGUCGACAAAUCGCUGAGAGCCAUCCAGACUGAUGGUGUCUUGGCACUCCCGGUCGAAGAUUUCUUCUUUACUUUGGCAGAUGUGGACCUAGACGUUCUUGACUUCGCCGUUCGUCCCAUUAUCAAGACCAUGAAAACCGUUGCCGCCGGGAUUCUAGGAGGCCCUGGCAGCGGCAAGACACCUCUUGCACGGAUCAUCGCUCUAUGUGCUUCGCGAUAUUGGAAACGCGAACUUGGUAUCUCCUCCCCGGCAUCCUUCCGAGAAGCAAGUGAAUUUGAUUUCUUUCGCGGACAGCCUGGCCGCAAAGAUCGACCGGAUGUACAUGAUGACGGGCGUCUCGCAGAAGAACCUAUUCGCAAAAUGAAAGGUUUCACUGACGUCGGUUGCACCAUGAUGACCAAGGAGAGGUGGGGGGCUGCCAAGUUCGUUCAAGGUCAAAUGCGUGUCUUUGUGUGCAACGACUAUGUUUUCACAGACGCUCUCAAACAGCUCCAAGAUCAUCGCUCUGGCUCCAUCUCUUACCUGACACAUGAAGAAUUCUUGGAUGUGAUCGCUCCAAUGUUCCCCAAAGACACAGAAGAUCCACACAAGAUGGCUGUUCUGAAGCGCUCUAACAUCCUUGUCAGUGCCGGCAACUGCAUACUUUUCCGUCGCUUUACCCAAGAGGAGAUCACGGUUCCAUGUCUCAGCAUGGGUGCUUCUGCUGAGUUUCUGAAACCUUCCAGUGGUGACAGGUAUCAACAGUACCGCGACACCAAUGUCUCCAUGCAUCCGAAUUUCCAGCGAGACGUGCAGUGGGAGGCUGACUAUGUGGACGCAAUCCUCAAUGGUAAAACGCCGCCUCGUCCGGGCAUCACCAUCAUAAACAGCAAUGCCAUUCGCCAGUUGUUUCAUGGAGAUACUCCAGCUUCCAAAUCAUCUUUCGCGGCCGCCGCCUCCCAUCAGCAGCUGUCCCGCUCAGGUACCCCGCCUCCCAAGGCGCCGUCGGCGGCAACCUCUUCGAAUGAACCGCCAGCCCACAUCAAGCAGGAGCCCAUCGCAUUCAACCGCAAGUUGUCGAGUUUGUCAGGUACGAUCAUUGACUUAGACAGUCCACCACCAAAGGUUUCGCGCAGGAACUCUGCCAUCGACGUGCAUUCCGGCGAGAUUCUUGCAGAGCCUGCCCACACGCAUUUCGCUGAGCCCGUCGGCCCGCCAUCAGAAGCCCCAUCACAGGGUAGCCCUAUGGAUGUGAUGGAGGAAGAACUGCACGAUCCCAUGGAUGAUCUCGAGAAGCUGCUUGAGGAGGAAAUGGACAGGCUUGUGGCGGCAGAAAAGUGA